CAUGAGGGCUUUGGAAUAUGGAUUCAAGGAUCUAGGUUAAGAAGAAAAAGUCAGAAUUGAAGAAAAGUAAAGGGAAAGAAGGAAAAUUAUGGAAGAAAAGAAACAAUAACAUAUUCCUAGAUUCUUUAAGGAAGAAAUUGAUCCAAUAUCUAAGAGAAACUAAUGGGUUUAUUUAUACAAUUAUGAGAAAGAGAAACAUUUAAUAGAUUUAGAUUUAUUUUGA